GCUCACAGACAGGCGCAGUAAACUGACCUUCCACGGUCUCGGCUCUUGUCCUGCAGUCAAGCGAGGACACCGAAUGGUAUUUAAACAUAGAAUUUGAGUUUCUGGAUUAUUUUACUGCAACAAGGGGCAACCAUGCCUACGUUGGAUGUCCCGACUCUACAGGAGAUAAAUGUGGAUGAAAUCAAUGUUUCAUCUGCAGUGCUAAAGGCUGCUGCUCACCAUUAUGGCUCCCAGUGUGAUAAACCCAACAAGGAAUUUAUGCUCUGCCGCUGGGAAGAGAAGGACCCAAGAAAAUGUCUGGAAGAAGGAAGAAGAGUCAACGAGUGUGCUCUAAACUUCUUCAGGCAAAUUAAGGGGAACUGUGCUGAGUCCUUCACAGAGUACUGGACUUGUCUGGACUACACCAAUCUGUCUGAGCUGCGUUAUUGUCGUAAACAACAAGAGGCAUUUGACAACUGUGUCCUCGACAAAUUGGGAUGGAAGAGGCCUGAACUGGGAGACCUGUCUAAGGUAACAAAAGUGGCAACCACCCGACCCCUCCCUGAGAAUCCCUACCAUUCAAGGCCACGUCCUGAGCCCAACCCUGCCAUUGAGGGUAAACUGGAACCUUCCAAAUAUGGCAGCAGGUUAUUCUUCUGGACCUGGUGAAGCGGCAUCAGAAAAUACAGUACUAUGGGCUCUGUCCAAAUAUAUUUUAAUUAUUUGUAAAACACAUUGCUGCGUUUUUGGAUGGAUCUUCAACCCUGUGACUAUUUAAAAGGAAAAUGUGAAUUUCUGGCAACAAUUUCCAUUUAAAUACACACUUGUCUGCAUCUGUGUAUGUAUUAAAUGAUAAAAUUCAAUGGCUUAUACUUAAUUUAAAAUAAAAUAAAAAUGCAGUAUUGAGUUGUGUUAAUCCCAUUUACAGUACAUGUUUUUUCCUCUUUUUACUGUCUGAAGUUUUGCCAAAUCUGCCCACAUAUUGGCAAAUUUAAAGGCACACGUCACAUCUGUGUGUAGUCAGCGUAUAUAUUGUUGGUAGGAUGAAGGCUAAGGUUAGAGGUCAAAGUUCAGGGUCAUUAGCUGCAGCCAAAGAGCGUUCCUUCUGCUUCCUCCUGUUCUUCAGUUGACAUCCUGCCUUUGACUUUGUCUGGGCCAAGACUACGGGAUUCAUUUUCUGGUGAUGUGCACUAAAGAAUAUAGCUGCAAGUAGACGUGUGUCUGCACAUAAGCAUAUUUGACCUUGCCUGGAAGAGGCCUGAAAGUAUCUAAAGUACACUGGGAAGGAGGCUCUUUGUGCCAAUGCAUACAGACAUUCACAGAGCAGUGGGAGCAGCUCAAACUAGAUGGCAAUGCAUAAAAUACUAUUAAAGAUCUCAAGUCCAAAAACUAGGCUCUCUUACACAUGUCAGAUAGCUUCUAUCUUUAAACCGAGUCAUGUUCCUGAGUACUUUGGGACUCAAAGAAAUACAUUUAUUUGACAGUUUUCCCAUACUUAACUCCAAGUGCUGCUCCUGGCUGUUUUUAUAACUGUCAACGCUGGAUUUGACAAACUGCCUAAAAUAUCUUGCAUUCACUUUGACUGAAUUCAUUGGUUGCAAAAUAAAUACACUUUUAUUUGUUUUUUGCUUUCCCUAGAUUUAACUUUGAUAGAAUGCCUGUUUAUGUCCUGGCAACAUCAUUCCCAUGUCUCUUCUCAUUUCUGUGGUAGCCCAUUAAACAGGGGAGUCACAAUUAGCUGCCAUACGCAGCCACGCAUGUUACGAAGCUUGUGGACAUGAGUGUGCACGUCUUAAUGUUUCUGUUGGGCGUCACUGCCAAUAGAUGUAGAAAUUCCCUGUCUGCCCCCCUCAAGGUGCGGCCUGGACCUAGAGCAUGCACAGGAAACGCCUGUGUUACCUGCUCACUCAGACAAAAACGACCCAGGACUAGAGGUGAGUGCAGGAAGAAAAAAGUAAAAUUCUCUCAAAUGAUUCCCUUGAAUUAAGCAUUGAAAGUGAUUCUGAGGCCUCUGGCUCGUGGCAAGCCUGUCUCCAUGCGACUUGCAGGAAGCUGAGGGUCAUCGCUGUUUGACACGGCUGCACUGCAGGAAACGUGCUCUGGCACAGGAAAGAAAUACAAUACAGGGCUUUCACAAAGCGGCAGGCUGCCCAGGAGCCCAGUGCACUAAACAACUGCACUUGUUCAUAACAAACCACUGUCAAUAAUCACAUUGUUCAGGUCAGGUCCAACAUCAUAACACUAAUUUUAAAGUAAUGAGCACUAAAAACCUUUCAAAAUGUAUGUCCAUGCCUCUGAUCAACCAAAACGUAAUCUUUCAUGUAUGGGCGUAAUUAAUAAAUCUUCCAAUUUGCUUGAUGGUAUGCAGAAAAAAGUACUGAUUCUUAUUGAGAAGGGAAAUCCACAUGUAACACUUUGCUUUCAGAGGACAUCAGCUGUAUCUGUGCUGCUAAGAGGCCCUUAUAUGAGGGUGCACUUGAUAUGACAAACAUUAACAUAGAGGUGUGUUUGAUUUGUUUAUGUUGGUACUCCUUUGCCAUUUGUGUCUGAUCUUUAGACAGAACACAUCAAGUGUAGCUUUCAUGUCUUGUCACUGCUAUUGGCUCAGGGCUUUGAACUGCCAUGCAGGUUAUGUUACGCAGAAAAGACAGACUCCUAAGCUAAAAGUACCACUAUUACAUCUGCAUCCACCACUCAUAUACAUCAAGAGUUAAAAGACACAAGUUACAAUAACAAUAUUUGUCAUGUUACAAUAUUUGUAUUUAAAUUCAAGUUUAUGUAACUAUAAUCCUCCAUUAUUGUGCCCAUUUCAAAUUUAGGGAUUUGGCCACAAAAUAUGAUUAAAGAAGUAUCAAUUUU